CGCAGACUAUACGGACCAAGCUCAGUGGAUAUCGAUUCAUGCCUUCCACACCACUCAGUCAUCUUCUCCUGUACCUAACCCUACGCCGGCGACGAUGUCCACCACCUUCUUCUCAGCCGCGGCCGCACUCUCUUCAGCCGCAUCAUCAUCCCCUCCAUCCACUCCGAAAUCCAAUCCCCACCAAAAGCCUCUUACCUACAAACCUCAAUUGCCCCAAUUAGCCGCCUCCCUAAUCCCCCUCGCCGCCGCUGCAUCGAUCGCCCUCUCCCCACUGCCGCUUUCGCUCGCCUCCGACUCCCCCUUCCACAUAUACUACGGCACAGCGGCAAGCGCAGCUAACUAUGGCGGAUACGGCGGCAACGCGAGCAAACAGGACACAGCAGAGUACAUCUACGAAGUUCCCGACGGAUGGAAAGAACGUCUUGUCUCCAAAGUCGAGAAGGGAACCAAUGGAACUGACAGCGAGUUCUUCAACCCUAGAAAACGCAGCGAGCGCGAGUACCUCACAUUUUUAUCAGACAUCCGCGGUUUAGCUCCCGUCGAUGCUGUGCUCAACAACCUCGCGCUCUCCGACGUUGCGCUUCAAGAUCAGAUCGCUAGCGCGGACAGCGUGCGGUCGGAGGAGCGGCGGGAUGGUAAUGGGCAGAUUUAUUAUGCAUAUGAGAUUGAUGGAGUUGGAAAGCAUAGUCUGAUCACGGUGACGUGCAAGAGGAAUAAACUGUAUGCGCAUUUUGUGAGUGCUCCGGCGGCGGAGUGGAGCAGGGAUGAGAUUAUGCUUAGGCGGCUUCACGAAUCGUUCAAGACCAUUGAUCCGCAGGCCUCUUCCUCGUCUCCUUCAUCUUAGGUUUUUUAUUGUCUAUCAAAGUUGGUUUUUGAUGAAUCGAAUAUAAGUUUUGUGAUGUAUCGAUGAGGAUUGUGGCUAUUCUAAUAACAAAUCAGUUAUCUUGUUUGUCAUUUUUAA